GCAUCCAUACACACACCCCUCCCUACUUUUAAUUAAAUUCUCUUUAAAAAAACAACAUUAAUUUGUUUUUAGUACGUUUUAUGCACUUUUCUUUCAAAUACCCCGGCUGUGGGAGGCAAAUAGGUACAUGUUAGGGGAAUUAUUUAAUAAAACAAUGUUGAAUUGCUAAUCCCUACAGUUACUCAGUAAUACAGCCCUAGGGCCUAAUUCCCCUAAAAAAUGGUUACUGAUGGCAGCCCUGCCCCUCAAUCUACUAAAUCUUGUGGGUGUCAAGGUGCCAAAAAUCUGCCCGUGUUCCAUUGCUAGGGGUAGUGAGACCUGUAGUGGGUAGUGCAGAGCUAAGGAACAGAAAGGCAACACAAAUCACUGUCUCGCUGAGCCUAAACCUGUUCUUCUCUAGCUAUAGCUGAACUACAAUUCCCAGCAUCCCCUACGGCAUAGUUGUAGUUCUAAUGCAAUGUGUAUUUAAUGUUCCCUGUCUAUUUAUUGCUUCAUUUGGUGUCAAGGGUACCACUCAUCCUAGAAACUGUAAUAAGCAACUGUCCCUAGCAUCAGCACUAGUGUGGAUGAUAUGUAAGGAAGGGCCAAAAUGGAAAUAUUAGUAGCAAAAAUCAGAAGAAUAAAUUCCUACAAUAAAGAUCCCUAGUGUUUAUGGGUGCAGGGAACUGAUCAGAGUAGGACCCCUGCCAGUAAUAUACGGCAGUAAUAUUCAGCUGUUUUUAACCAUUAGUCUGUACAGUCCCCUAAGUACAUUGGGGUCACCAGGACCCACACUUGGUUGGCAGGGGUGCCCAGGGCCUUGAUUGCACCAACCUUUUGUAUGUGCCCUAAUUGGCUUCUUCAUUCUAUUAAAGCUGCUACUGGUUGGUGUUACUGGUUAUUUCGGAGCAGCAAACAUAUUCAGUAGCGCAGUAUAACUGGGAAGAAUAGAGAAAGGGAAAAACAGUAUUCAAAGCUUUAUGUGUCAAAGAGUGUUUGGCUCACAAUCUCUUUUUGUCUCUCCCCAAAAAAAUGAAAUACUAAGAGCGAUCUUAGUGAUCUGAACGAUUUGCAGCGACUCCAAAAAGCGACAAAGAAGAGGAUAAAGAAGAAAAAAAACAGUCUUUUUAAAGACUACCAACUUACAUCAAGAGCAGAGAAAUAACAGCAACCUGCUCAACCCAUUGCGGGUCAUCAGGAGGAAGGAGCGUCAAGAUGGGCGCCAAACUGUGCAACAUCCUGCACCGGCACCGGCAUACUGAGACUGUUGACAUCAAUCAGUCUUUUGAUGCUUGUGAGCCUUGGGUGAGUAUUUGCUUUUCAGGUAUGAAGCAGGAGCUGCUGAGAGACAUCCGGAAGGAGAUGAGGAUAGCAGCAGGGGCGCAAAAGCUGUACCUUGUCACCAAGGACAGACAGACCAAAGCCCAAGUGAAGGAGCUGAGGAACAUCAGUGAGAGGAAGGUGAAAGCCCUUUUCUCCUCUCUCCACAAGCUCAAUGUGCAGCUAGCUCAGAGGGAAGCAGAGAAUUCUCCAGAUGCAGUUCUGGAGACUACAAGGGACACCGAUGUCAACUUCCCUGCACCAGAGAUCACUGCGCCUGAGGUUCAGGUCAUUUCAGACCCCGCCAGUGAUUCAUCACAACAUCAACAUGAUGAAUCAUCUGAGGAACCUGUUCCAGAGAUAGAACAGCCGCCUGAACAACCAUCUGACAGGGACUUACCUGUAGAAGAUACAAAUGAGGAGGCUGAGGAAGAGGCAGAAUCUGUUGUUGAAGAAGAUCCAGUGCAACAACAACAACAGAAUGAGGAAGAAAGGUAAACUCACACUUUAUAUGGGAGGCUGCGGUUAAGACUGAUUUCUACUAUAAACUUGCAUUAUACUAAUCAUGUACCUCAAUGACCUCUU